CGGCGGCGGCGGCGGCCGGCGGUGCUAAGGAAGCGCUGGGCGGCGGGAGCGGCCACGACUAUGGCUGGAGGCAAAGCUGGGAAGGACAGCGGGAAGGCCAAGGCGAAGGCCGUGUCGCGAUCACAGAGAGCCGGACUGCAGUUUCCUGUGGGCCGAAUCCACAGACACUUAAAGACGCGCACCACCAGCCAUGGAAGGGUCGGUGCCACAGCUGCCGUCUAUAGCGCCGCGAUCCUGGAGUACCUGACUGCUGAGGUGCUAGAGCUCGCCGGAAAUGCCUCCAAGGACCUGAAGGUGAAGCGAAUCACCCCACGCCACCUGCAGCUUGCCAUCCGAGGUGAUGAGGAGUUGGACUCACUCAUCAAGGCUACCAUCGCUGGCGGGGGGGUGAUUCCUCAUAUCCACAAGUCUUUGAUCGGGAAGAAGGGGCAGCAGAAAACUGCCUAGAGCUGUCAUGACACCUUGUCCACGUCUGCUUUCCUGGAACCCAAGAAACAACGGUGACGGGUGGGUCCUUGCACCCUACAGCAGCAUGUGUGACCCUAGACUCAGAGUGAGGCUUCAUUCGUACCAGCUUCCUGUUGAUCAGCUAGGCCCCUCCCAUGUGUUUUAUACAAAAUGGAAUAGAUAAACCAUUUUUUACAAAA